GUACAGAGUGUAAAUAUAGUCGUGGAGGAAGCUGGAGCGACUGUGACCCUGCAACAAAUGUUAAAACACGAGAACAAAAACUUAAAAGAGGAGAUCCUAGUAUAUGUGAACCAGUUAAAACUGUAGAAAAAUUGUGCAGACGGAAAAGACAAAGCACUGGUACAGAGUGUAAAUAUAGUCGUGGAGGAAGCUGGAGUGACUGCGACCCUGUAACAAAUGUUAAAACACGAGAACAAAAACUUAAACGGGGAGAUCCUAGUAUAUGUGAACCAGUUAAAACUGUAGAAAAAUUGUGCAAAAGGAAAAAUCAGAGACCAAAUGGUUGUAAAUAUAAAAGGGGCCAAUGGAGUGAAUGUGAUGGAACUACAAAUAUUAAAACUAUGGUGAAAACUUUAAAACGAGGUGACAAAAAUACCUGCCCACCUACACAAGUAUUAGAAAAAAUUUGUAAGAGGCAACAUAAAGGUUUAAAAACUAACUGUAAAUAUAAGAAGGUUGGAAAGUGGAGUGACUGUGACCUUACAACAGGGGUCAGGUCAAGGGAGGUAACCUUGAAGAAAGGUGAUCCUGAAAUAUGUCCUUUAAAGAAAACAGCAACAAAAUCUUGUGUAAAGAAGACAAACAAAAAGAAAGGGAAAGGAAAAGCAUGUCAGUAUGAGAAACAACCAUGGAGCCCUUGUGAUGCUGCCACCAAUACUGUAAGUCGAACAUUAACACUAAAAGAAGGGGACUCAACUAAAUGUAAUUCUACAAAGGUACAGGUGAAGAAAUGUAAAAAUAAACAUCUCAGACCACAUGUAUGUAAGUAUAGACGUACAAGUUGGGAGGAAUGUGACGCCACAUCAAACAUGCGUGUAAUGAUAAAAACUUUAAAACGUGGAGAUCCUGCGCAAUGUGAACCUACACAGACUGUCGAGAGAAAAUGUAAAGGGAAAAAGAAAACUAAUGUAUGUAAGUACAAGUAUGAACCGUGGUCAGAAUGUAAUAUUACAACUAAUACGAUGACUAGACAACAAGUUCUAAAGAGUGGACCAGCAUCUUGUCAACAGGUUAAAGAAUACUCAAAAAAAUGUAAAAAACCAUGUAAAUUUGAGACAGGUGAUUGGUCAGAAUGUAAUACAGAGACCAAUCAGAUGACCAGAAUAGAUACAUUGAAGAAAGCGGCACAGUCUUCUUGUCCACAAACUAGGGUGCUGACAAAAAAAUGUGGAAAUGGAAAAGAUAAAAAGUGUGUAUAUGACCGAGGUGAAUGGACACAAUGUGAUACAUCUGAUAAUCCCACACGUACACGGACACAAAAACUUAUCUCUGGUGGACCAACUUGUGAACAAGAAAAAGUUACAACAAAAUCUUGUACUAAAAAGAAUGGCGAAGUACGAUGCUUUUUUGGACCAUGGUCAGAGUAUGACUCCUGUAUGAAUGGUGUACAGAAGAAACGUAGACAAGUAAUACAAGGUGGACAGGAGUGUGAGCGAAAGAGCAUUAAAAUGAAGGCUUGCUCGUAACUAUGGUUACGGUUUUAUACUGAAAUACUGAAGGAGAAAGAACUGAUGGUCGUGAGAAACAGAAAUCCACAAAAAUUAUGUGAUAAUGAAAAGUGUUGCUGCCUUUUUAUUCAGUAUUCAAGUGUAGAAUAGGAACUAAUUUUGUAAUAGUUAUUUAUGUUUAUUUACAAUCUGACAAAACCUGUGAGUAAUGAUGAUCUACUGUGUGAAAAAAACGAUCUUGUAAUAAGUGAUUUCUAAUACCAGGUGUCUUAAUUAAGUUAUUAGUAAAUUUGAAUGAGUAGAGAUGUACAUAGGAAAAUAAUUUCCUUAAAAGUGGUCUUUAUAAAGAGGCUGGUUAGACUGUUUUUCUGCAAUUUUAUCAGUCUGACAUGUUUUUGAUAUUGUUAAAUAUUCAGCCCCAACCUUUUAUAAAGACAACCACCACUUUAGAAAACUUGUCACUUUCACAAAACUUUUUUUAAAUAAUAGUUUUAAUGAUUGGUGUACAAAUUAUUUUUUUUAGAAUAAUAGUGUAGAUUUUUUUUCCUAUAUCACAAGAUUGUUUACAUACAGGUUUCAUUAUGUCAGUAUACUUUUAUCAGAUGUCUUUAUGAAUGGUCAAACAUAAAUUUGCUUGAAUGUUUUGGGUAUGUGAGACCUAAGUAAAAGGAAAGUGAAAAAGAUGGAAAGAGGGAACAAUUAGUUUGUAUCUGGGAUAGUGGAAAUGUUUAUAUAUGUUUUUGUUGUUAGUAUAAGAUUGUUGUUUACAUAUAUAAUCCCACAUUGUGUCAAUAUUUUGAUCUCAUUUGGCCAAGUGUCUAAAUCUUCCAUCUUUUAAUUUUACUUAGACAUUAAUUGGCCAGGAAGUUCCUUACAAACAGAACAAAGACAGUUACUUUUUUAGCUGAUCGGCAUAUUGUUUGUUACAUGUCUAUUAUUUUAGGUAAGCACUGAUAGCUAGGUAUACAAUUAUAAUGCUAUAAUGUAACCAAUUAAAGCAGCUCACCUCCAGAUUCAUGCUAUUUUUCUUGAAAAUUUUGAAAAUGUAGUAAAAAGUAACAUAUUGUAAGAUGAACAAAGAAAAUAAUUUACACAUACAACCUAUGUAAAUUACCAAAAAAGAGGUCAACAUAUGCAAAAAUACUUUAAUAGCCCUUACUGCAAUAGUAACAAAAUAAUUAUAUUUGGUGAAAAAUACUGCAAAAUCCGUCAUAAAUCACACAUAACAUGGAAAUUAGUACUUUUAUCUUGAACUUUUUUAAUUUUAAACCUCAGUACUUUUUUCUCAAGUAUAUUUUAUUGAAAUAUUUUGGUUCAUCUGGAGACAUGCUACAUUAAAGUAUUUUUUGUUACUAGUUGUUUACAAAUACAUGUAUACUUGAUUUUGAUAAUUUCCAACAGUUGAGGUCCACAAACCAGUUAAUCCUUCAGUUAAUAUUUUAUUUAUCUACUUGUGUUUGAAGAGUCAGUCAGUCGCCUGUUCUUUGUAUUCUAGUCUGUAAUGUUUUAUUUGUAUGAAGUUAAACAAUUCAACAUGUUUUCAUUUGUUACCAUUGUUAGUUAUAGAAUGUACUUCUAGUAUAAUAUCGCUAUGAUGCACAUUAAUUUUAACUUAAUCCUUUCCCCCAUGAGCAUAUUGUGAAAAAUGGCCAUUUUCACUGAAAAGCCUCCUGUUACAAGUUCAAACUGCUAUGAAACUAUGAAAAAUGCUUCAAUACUAAUCAAACUUGGCACAAAUGUUGACUGGACAAUUGCCUUUGUAACGACAUGCUCAGUGUUAAAUUUCCUGUUACCAUGGCAACGAGGGGACAUCUCAAAAUUGCCAAAAAUCACUUUUUUUCUCGAUUUUUUCCAUCAAAAUUUAUUUCAAAGUGCUGCAACUUCUCAAGGGAUUGAGAUAGAGUCAAAGGCUUUUCAGCAUUGGUUACACGUUACCUUAUGAUCGACCUGGGGUCAUUUUAAGCCUCUCACAAGUCCAAAAUUUUAUUGGCGAAGAGGGGGACUCUGCCCCCCUUCAAACCCCCCAAACAGAAGGGGGCACAUCCCCCUUCUGGCAACCCCCUGAUGUAAUAUUUGGAUGGGGGACGGCGCCGAAAAAAUGGUCACUUUUUUUAACAACAUUUCUCAAACAAAAAACAGUGUUUGGGGCCUAAAUAGGGCAUUUUUUCACUGUUUGAGGCCUCAAAAAGGGGGGUGCAAAAAGCCGUCGAAACACACUUAUAUAAGGGAAAAGGUUAAUAACUCAUAACAUAUGGCAAGGCAUGUAUCUAUAUAUGUUUCUAUAAUUAUAUGAAAGGGAAACAAAUCUGGUUUAAUUUUCUUAAAAUGCGUUUAAAGUUGUUUUUCUUCUACUGUAACAUCAAUUCUACAAUAAGUACUAUUUAGUACUAUAUUAAUUUAAAAGGACAAUUUUUGAAAUGAUGGGACUGGAAAUAUUUUUUCCAAGAUUUCUCAACCAUUUGGAUGAAGGUUUGAACCAAUAACUGCAAAUUUACAGAUCAUUCUAGUUUUUCAAGAAUGAUAAUUUCUUUCAUGCAAAAAGAUGUAAAAUUGAAAAAUGUUGCAAUUCUUUUCACUCAAAUCAGGCUAAAAAUUGCAAUUAUUAUCAAUUUACAAUUAUAAUGCUGAGUAUUACUUCUUUAUGAUCUUUUGUAGAUUUUUCUAUUUUAUUUGCUUCACUUGAUCUAUAUAAAACUUUCUAAUUUUAAGAUUUUACGCUUUUUAACGUUAGUGAAGCUGGACUAGACUUCGUCCUGGUUUUAGUUUGGAUCUACUGACUGCCACUUUGAGCAAUUUGAUAUUGAAAUGAUAAGUUUGAAGCAGAAAAAGUAUAAAGUCUGAACAAACUGCGCAGUCUAGCAAAUUGGACCGAUUAUGCUGGUGACAUUAUAAAUUUAAACAUUUAAUGAUUGUGUAUCUUAAAAUGAAUGAUGCAUUAGUAAUUUUUUUCUGCAAGUAUUUAUAUAUACAACAAGUUAGGGACAGAACAAUUAACAUUAUUGUUUUCAUUUUCUAUUGAUAUUUAAAUUAUCUUAAUAAAAAAAUAAAAGAUAAAUAAUUU